AUGGCCGAUCCCGUGCUGCAGUUGCUAGAGAUUGAGCUGCUCGGGGCAAACCCGGAUGCAUACACCAACCAGUUCCAGUGGAGAAUGCGUCUGGAGGCAGGGGCGAGUUUGCCUCAAACCGUCUCCGUCUCCUUCGUGUGGGUCGGAAGCGCUUCGUCGUCGCAGCACGACCAGGUGCUCGAUGACUUCGAAGUCGGACCGCUGGAGAAGGGCAUCACUGAGUUCACCUUAGAAUGUGAUGCCCCGCAGAUGGAGCUGGUACCAGUGGAGGAUGUGGUGGGUGUGACGAUUUUGCUCAUCUCGUUUCAGUACCGGGGUCAGGAGUUCCUGCGCGUGGGCUACUACACUCAAGUGGCAUACUUUGACGCGCAGCUCAACCGGAACCCCCCACCGCUGCCGCAGCGUGCGCUGCUUGGUAGAUUUGUUGCCAUGCCGCAACCAGCUGUCACAGUCACCCCCAUUGACUGGGGUCAAUAG